UCGUUAAAGUUGCAAAGAAGUCAAUCCGUACGAGACAUGACCGAAAUGUCGGUGUUUAUUGCAUGUCCUCGUGUUUUCAUCGCUUGAGGUAAUACAUCUUUCACAGAAGUUUCAACAAUGGCGGCAAGUCUUACGAAAGCGUGCACCAGUCGCAUUUUACAGAAGACAGCUGUCAUCAAUCACUCGAGUAGAGGUGUUUGUGCUUAUUUAAUAGUAAACAGACCUCGCUCAAACUCCGUUCCAAAUGACACCGUUCAAACUUCUCACGGACGAUUUUACGCAAGUCGGGCAGUUCUUAGCGAUACACAGAAAGAGAAACUUGCACAAGGCCCUGACCUCGCCGACUUUAUAUCAGAUGACCUACCCAUCUCUUACGACGGCGAGGGAGGCAUGAAGAAGGUUCAAGGGGAGAGGUUACGUUUGCCCAAAUGGUUGAAAACUGAAAUACCAAUGGGGAAAAACUACAGUCGUUUGAAGGAGAACUUACGUGAUCUGAAUUUACACACUGUGUGUGAAGAAGCGAAAUGCCCGAAUAUCGGAGAAUGCUGGGGUGGAGGUGAACCACGGCUCGCGGCGGCUACAAUAAUGGUCCUAGGUGAUGAGUGUACCCGUGGAUGUCGUUUCUGCUCCGUUAAAACAUCUCGGGCUCCUCCGCCACCAGACCCAAACGAACCAUUAAACACUGCUAAGGCUAUUGUAUCAUGGGGCCUUGACUUCGUGAGUUUAACCUCAGUCGACAGGGAUGAUCUUGCAGGGGGAUCCAAACAUUUUGCUGAAACAGUACAGCAGAUCAAGGCUCAGAAUCCGUCUAUAUUGGUUGAAUGUCUUACUCCAGAUUUCCGUGGUGAUCUAAAAGCAGUAGAAGUUGUACUUGACUCCGGUCUUGAUGUUUUUGCCCACAACAUUGAAACUGUGUCCGAGUUGCAACGGUUUGUACGUGAUCCCAGAGCGAACUACAAACAAUCUCUGUCUGUGUUGGAACAUGCCAAGAAGUACAGACCGGAUGUUGUCACAAAGACAUCUCUCAUGCUUGGAUUAGGAGAAACUGAUGAACAGAUUUAUGCUGUUCUCAAAGAUCUGAGGAAAAUUGGAGUUGAAUGUUUGACACUUGGACAGUAUAUGCAGCCCACAAAGCGUCAUUUGAAAGUGAAAGAGUAUGUGCAUCCUGACAAGUUCAAGUACUGGGAGGAAGUUGGCAACAAACUGGGGUUCGUGUACACGGCAAGUGGACCUCUUGUCAGAUCCUCUUACAAAGCAGGAGAGUUCUUCAUCAAGAAUCUGGUUGAGAAGAGGAAAAUCUCAGUGUAAAGAUGUCUGUGAUAUCACCUAAGGCUGUUAUAAAAGUGUGUUAUAUUGGUUGUUGACUGGAAUAAAUAGAAUGGAAAGUU